AUGACUACAGCAAUAACAGAUCAAGAAUCUCCCCUGCAUAACCAAAAAUUAGUUACUCUUAAACUUCCUCCACAUCUUCUGGAAACUGUUGCUCAAAAACAUACCCCAUCAUCAUCUACCCCCACAUCCCCUGCAAAGCCCAAACCUAACAACAAUAACAACAAUAACAACAAUAACAACAACCAUCCUCGUUCUCCUUCAAAACCCUCAAGAGCACAAACACAGUUACAAGCACAGUCACAAUCACAAUCACAAUCACAGACACAUCCUCUAGAUGGAACACUUUCUUCAGGUCCUUCUUCACGAGCAGCUUCCCCUGGACCUAACCCACGGUCUUUGGGAACUACACCAAACAUAAUUCUACCUUCUUCUACAUCUUCUUCAGCCUCCGGCGCAGGCGCUGGAUCUAUGGGUACUUCAAUUGCAGCAGGAGGAUCAGGUGGUGCUGGAUCUGCACGGUUUACAGGCAUGAUGGCUUUAAAGGGACUCGACCGUAGUGGUAACAAAAACCCUGUGCGGCGCUGGCGCAAAGCUCCCAUUGAACUCAAAUCUUUUACUGGGUUCAAAUAUACCCUAGUUGCAUGGAAUGGAGGCCCAAGAAUUGGAGGAGUAACAUCUUCAUCUACAAAGACUAGCACAUCCAAUGGAGUUUCGAAAAAUGGGACAAGUGCAACGGGUGGAGCAACCAAGGCUUCUAGAUCAUCUUCAGCAAGUACAGUGCCUGGGACAACAACUGGAACAACAGCAGCUCCAAGUGCAGCUGAAACCCCAACAUCUCUGCUUCCUAGUGACUCUGAAACUUUGGCUACAGUUCCUAACUCGCCUAUAAUGUAUCCUUCAUCGGAGGCUUCUACACCACAACGUGCAAUUACCCCACCACCACCACCACCUCCACCAUUGACACCUUCCAAGUUAUCGAGCAAACCACCAGCAUCAAUCAACCUUAAAAAUGGCGGAUCACAACUAGCUCAAUCACCCAUGACUAUGAGUAGCGCAUUAGGACUUGAUAAGAAUGAGUGA